CAAUGAGUAUGUAUAUACAGUCGGGCGCGCAGCUGUACUGACCCAUUCUCUUCAGCCACUCCGAGAUACAUGUUGCAAACUUUCGUGAAAUCGUUCACUCACUUGAAAGAUCGUCCACAUGCAGAUCGAGCCUUGCCCAUGCUUCAACGGGUAGCGACCCUAGUAAAGCCGAUCAUGAGGAAACAUGGCUGGAUGUUGCCAUUAUUGUCUGAAUUUUUCCCUGAGAGCCCCAAUCUAGUUGGGUUGAAUGUAAACGGAGGGGAGCAGAUACUUCUGAGAUUGCGCCCUUCAUGGGCUCCCGACACCUUUUAUGAGGAAGAUCAGGUUGUUCGAGUCAUGCUCCAUGAGCUUACCCAUAAUGUCCAUGGCCCUCACGAUGAAAGUUUUUACAAGUUUCUAGCUGCGCUCGAGGACGAAUAUGAUGCGCUAGUGCGUUCUGGCUACGCUGGAGAAGGCUUCUUUUCUCCUGGGCACCGGCUGGGUGCAGGGAUAUCACACGAUCUUCCGCUACAUUUAGCUAGACUCAAAGCUCUUGAAGCUGCCGAUAAGAGGCGCCACACAAAUGGCAUGCUCGGUGGUGGCGGCAGGUUAGGAGGCAGAAUUACUGCGCUACAAGGCAUGAAUCCCCGUGAACUGGCCGCCCAGGCUGCCGAGCGCAGAAAGCGCGAUGAAAUUGAGUGUGGAUCGGGUACACUUGCCCAACGCGAAGCCGAGAGAGCGGCGAAAGAAAGCAUCGAAGACAUCAUCGACCUUACCGAUGAUUCCCCUCUAGAGCCGUGGUCUUGUCCUGCGUGCACACUUCACAAUGAGCCGAUCGUGCUGCAGUGCGCAGCAUGCUUCACUGUGCGUCCCCAUAACUCGCCUAGGACCGCGAGUCAACCACAUGUUGCUGGACCAUCGAGGAUACAGCGUAAUGCUUCCGGAUCAACGUCUGAUGCACGAGGACGGUCCAGAGUCACUUCGGAUAAGCAGCCAAGCAAUACCAAGGUAUCUAGUCACCCUACACCUUAUCCUCGCAAACCAGCCAAGACAUCCGCUGACGGUGGACAAUGGACUUGUGCGGUCUGCACACUCGUCAACGACCAAGAAGCAAACCAAUGCACCUUAUGUUUGACAGGGCGUCCCCGAGAUCCCUCUAUGGGGUGGACAUGUACAACAUGUGGUGGGGCAGACAUGCCCCACCAGUUUUGGUCAUGUCGAUUUUGUGGCGCGAUCAAGACGGAGAGCACGUACGGCUGAAUGUCUCCUGAAGUGAUUUCACCCAAGGGAUUCCAGUGCUUUACGUUACUAUAUCUCAUAAUACCUUGACUGUGACGUUUGACAUGGUACCUCGACUUCGAUGCGCAGUUUUUCCCUCUGGUAUGUUGUCCUCUUGCCCUAUGUAGAUAGUACAUGUCGCACGAUGGAAUAAUAAUUCUGGAUAAAAUGAUCUUUGGCUCGCACUUGUGCUGUGUCACAGUCCCGAAGGCCUGACGGUUUCAGCAUGCAGAAGCCAACCAGCUCGGUCAUGUAUCGGGGAUGUGUGUGAUAAUCUUUUGUUCAGCGUCCGAAUCGUGGGUUUAAAGUUCCUGU